GAAGACAGUUCUUCGCGAGGUUUAGGCAAGUGCAUCCGCCUAGGAGGUAGGCAGAAAAAGUCUGUCACUUUCCGCCCCUGCAGCCGAAAGAGGCAAAGUUUCGGCCUUUCCCCCUCGCCCGGUCCGCACCUGAACGACGUCGGCUCCGUUGUUAUCGUAGACACGUGUGCUCCUCGUGCGGGACGGAAGGAAAGGGGGAAGGGGGCGCGAACUCGCAUUCUCCCCCCGAAAAAGUUUUUGCUGGAGCCGGCCCGGCCGGCCUUGUCACGAACUUGCGCUAAACUCAAGUUUCUGCGGACUCAAUACAAGUAGACUGGAUCCACGCUUAUCUCCUAUCAUCGCCCCCGGACUUCCGGUGAGAGUGUAUCAAGCUCAAGGGCACUUCCCUUCCCGCGGCUCUCCGUCCACCUCCUGUCCUGUCGAUACUGCGUGCUGCGCCUUCCCUGCCAAUAAGCUGCGUCUUGCGAAUACCAUCGUUAUUGGCAGGCCAAAUGAAAGCAGAAGACGUCCGCGGCAAGCGUGGAUCCUUUGAAUGGAUCUUGUCAGUUUCACAUCCAUGGAGUGAAACUCUUUGUUGUCGCGCUUUUAUAUGAUCGAGUGUUGGGUCAUUAUCAAUUAGCUCAGUCAGUUAUGACGCUAUUGGGCUGAUAAUUAUGCGUGUUGUCGAUAUUGGGGAGUAUUGGUUAUGGCGGGAACUAAACUCUCAGAUAAACAUCAGGAGGAGUUGAAGAAAGCUGAUAUUAGAGGUCCAGGUGCUGUCCUUCAAGUUUCAGAAUUUGGCCUUUUGCGGAUAGGCUCGUUGAAUUCUGCUGAAGCUGACUCACUAUCAACCUCUGCAGCAGCAACUGUUUUAAACCCAGGAUUUACAACUGCUCUCGAAUCAGAAAACUCACUUGAAAAAUGGAAACGUCUUUCUACGGGAUGUCAUAUCCUGGACCAUGCAUUAGGAGGAGGGUUUCCAGCACGAGGCAUAACAGAGUUGGCAGGUGAAAGUGGGUGUGGUAAGACACAAUUGUGUCUUCAGCUGUGUUUAGGUGUCCAGUAUUCUCAGUCUCAAGGUGGCUUCAAUUCAGGUGCAGUAUACAUAUGCACAGAAGAUUCCUUCCCAACAAAUCGUCUUCAGCAACUAUUUCACACAUACUCACGAAGGAGAGGAGUUUGUGGUAGUGCCAAAAACUUUGGAGAUAAUAUAUUUAUUGAACACAUCGCUGAUGCUGCAGGAAUGCGACAAUGUGUUUUGGGACGUCUCCCUAAGCUUAUGACCAGUCAGAGAGUGGGCUUGAUUGUGAUAGAUUCUGUUGCUGGGAUAUUUCGUUCUUCCUAUGAGAACAAUGAAAUAAGAAACCGAGCUGAAGAUAUGAGAGUUGUAGCAGGGCAAUUGCAUAAAAUUGCAGCAGAGUAUGGAGUGUGCAUCAUCUGUGUAAAUCAAGUUACUGCAUCAGAUGGCCCUGAACGAUGUAUACCUGCUCUUGGCUUAGCUUGGUCCAACCUAGUGACAACACGGAUCCAACUGCAUCUUAUGGAACCAAAUGGGAUAGAUGGUGCACCCCACAGGUCUCUACAGGUCGUAUUUGCUCCAGACUUACCUGAAGCAACAGUACCCUAUACUGUUUCUGAAGCAGGUGUAUUUGGUUUGUCAUGAGAAAGAUAUGCUUAUGCUUAAAAUUUUAAUGUUACCAGAGUUAUUUUUUAAAUAUUAAUUUGAGGGCAAAAAAUAUCUUAGGGAUUGACUGUAAACACCAUCAUGAAAUAAAACAUAACUAACUACUGUAA